AUGUCGAGCUCCACCACCACCACCGUCGUCACUGAGACGGCUACACAGCCCGCCACGUCCACCCUCACGCUCGACUCGACGCCGCUCACCGGAUACGACGAGGAGCAAAUCCGUCUGAUGGAGGAGCGAUGCAUCGUGCUUGACAACGACGACAAGUACGUUCGCGACGGCAGCAAGAAAGAGUGUCAUCUCAUGACCAACAUCAACAAGGGUCUUUUGCAUCGUGCCUUUUCCGUGUUCCUCUUUGACCCGACCACGGGCAAGCUGUUGCUGCAGCGUCGGGCGCUCGAGAAGAUCACGUUCCCCAACAUGUGGACCAACACGUGUUGCUCGCACCCUCUGGCCAUCAAGGGCGAGUUGGAAGAGGCCGAGCAGAUCGGCGUGCGUCGUGCUGCCCAGCGCAAACUCGACCACGAGCUGGGUAUUCCUGCCGAGCAAGUGCCACUUGAUCAGUUUCAGUACCUCACCCGCAUCCAUUACCUCGCCCCCAACGGCGACGCCGAGAACAUCUGGGGCGAACACGAGAUCGACUACAUCUUGUUCAUCACUGCCAAAGUCACGCUCGAACCUAACCUCAACGAGGUCUGCGACACGAAAUGGGUGUCCCCCCAAGAGCUGAAAGCGCUCAUGACCGAGUUGGACCCUGCCUCCUUCACGCCUUGGUUCAAGCUGAUCGUGCAGAAGUUCCUCUUCCCCUGGUGGACCGAGUUGCUCGCAAGGAGGGGCGCCGACGAGAGCAAGCCAUUGGACGCCAAAUCGCUCGCCGACUUGACUGACCACAGCAUCCACCGCAUGCUUUGA